GUCAUCCAUCUAUGGAGAUCAAAGAUAGAGAUGAUAUAAUCAAAUGACAUAAAUCAGAUAAAAGUAUCCGAUCGAAUUUAUGGAAGGAUCUCUCAUGCUAUACUAAUCAAAUAUUCCAUUCUCGCUACUUCACAUGGACUCCGUCUUUUCGGUCAUCAGCGAAGAGGACCGUGCUAGCCAUCUCCGAUCAUUAAUGGAAGCUUUUGGUUGCAAUUACAUUUGCCUUUGGUUGUUUUUGCCUCAACCAACCCAGAUGUUUCAGUUUCUCUUUGGUUUAAUUAAUGCGAACUUGGUCAUGAAGAAACAGAUAAUGAACAUGGAAAAUACAAUGAGGAAUUGGUUUUCAGAGGACAUUCCUCAGCGAUCUCCAUUAACAGAAUUUUCUCAACCGAUUGAUCCAAGUCGACUAUCAUCUUCUUCUUCCUCAUUAAGAUCACUAUCCAAGGAUAGCCCAAAAAGGUCUCCUUUUUUAUUCAAUAUUCCGACAACAUCCCACAUAUCAGAAACCCCUCAAGAUCCCACCCUGCAACCAAUGCCAACCACAUCAACUGCAAUCCAACAACAAGUAGUCUUGCAAUCUUUGCACCCAAUACAAGCCACAACUGCUAUCCCAGUUCAAUAUUCCUUGCAGUCUUUGCAAGCAAUACCGAGCGCAACUAGUGCUACUCUACACCAAGUUAUGCACGCGUUUGCGUUGGCAAGAAACAUUCAAUUUCCAACACAAGAAAGUGAAGAUUCCGCCAUGACAAAAGCCAUUCUCGCAGUUCUAACUUCUCCUUCCAUCUCUUCUUUUACACUUAACUUACGGCAAAGAGCUACUGCUUUCAAGAAGUAUGUAUCUCUCACCACCACAACAACAGCAACAAGACUGACAGGUUUACGUAGACAAAGUAUGCUUAAAAGAGCAUUCACUUAUUACAGAAACUUAAAUAUAGAGAGACGUGAACAUAUGCAAGCAAGCCGCCCCACUAGCACUCAGAUACACCACAAGAUAUCGGAACGUAGAAGGCGCGAAAAGAUUAAUGAAAGUUUUGAAGCAUUGAGAAAACUUCUUCCUCCAGAACCCAAGGACAAGAAAGACAAAGCAUCAGUGCUUAAUCGAACAAGUGAGUACUUAACGUCCUUGAAAGUUCAAGUCGCGGAGCUUAUCCAGAGAAACCAGAAGUUAGAGGCACAGGUGCUAGUACCUGUUAGAGAAGGUACAGAAGAAGUGAGCGAGUCAUCAAAUGAAAGAGUUGAAGUUCGAGUUGCACGUGUUUCUGAAACAACAUCAGAAGAAGAAAGAACUAUAGACUUGCAAAUUUUUGUAAGAGGAGAUAGUGCUAAUCUUUCAAAUAUAGUGAUUCGGAUUCUCGAAUUCUUGAAACAACAUCGAAAUGUGAAUUUGAUGUCCGUGGAAGCUACCGCACGCACAACAGAGUCAAGAUCACUGAAUCGUGUAAUCUUGAGACUGAGAAUUGAGGGGAACGGAUGGGACGAGUCUGCCUUCCAGGAAGCAGUGAGAAGCGUGGUUGCUGACCUGGCCCAUUGACACGUUCGCACCAAUUGAUAAUCUCCUACUACUGAUUGGAAAAUUUCAAUGAAUUUAAAAAAAAAAAGAAAUUACUUAUUAAUUCCUCUU